UUGGGUUUGGUUGUGAAGCAGUAGUAGCAGCAGCAAGUGUUGCCGAUGUUGCCAGAAAACGUUUUUGCAACAAAGAAAGCAGAUUUUUCGACUGCAUUGCUUGCUUACCAACCUAUCUAUCGCCCACUUUGACUCGACAAGCGAAAUUUCCAAGCGCCUGCCUUUUACCUUUACCGUUUGAGUUGGUACAGUUACUCUCUAAUGGCGGGAACAAUCCAAAGCCUCAUUCUUGCUCCGGCACCGGCCAAAACGCUGGCGUAUCAUAUCCCAAACCCUCGUUUUCCUGCCAUAAACUCCUUCUUCCGUUGCGGCUCCUUCACUUCUCGCAGGAGCCGAUCAAUUUCGAGACCCAUUAGAGCCUGCGAGCCCUCCAAUCAGAAAGAUGGCAAUGGAAAUAAAGCUGGUCAAGUUUGGGGUUUGGCAGAGCAGUUAACCUGGGCUAAAUCAUUGUUAAAUUUUGCAUCAGAUAAUUUUCUUCCUUUAGCUCUUGUGGGUGGAGUAGCAUUAGGACUUGCAAAUCCUAGUCUAGGUUGUCUUGCUGAUAGAUAUUCUCUAUCAAAAUUUAGCACUUUUGGGAUAUUUAUUAUUUCAGGAUUGACAUUGCGGAGUGGAGAUAUUACUGCAGCUGCAGAAGCAUGGCCUGUGGGAAUUUUUGGGCUAAUUUCCAUUCUACUUUUGACUCCGUACUUCUCAAGUAUAAUAAUGCAGCUUCAGAUCCAGCCUCAAGAAUUUGUUACAGGACUAGCUAUAUUUUGUUGUAUGCCAACUACAUUAUCCAGUGGAGUAGCACUUACUCAGCUUGCUGGAGGGAAUUCUGCACUAGCCCUUGCAAUGACGGUGUUCUCUAAUCUUUUAGGGAUUUUGGUUGUCCCAUUUUCUAUUUCAAAGUUCGUAGCCAAUGGAGUUGGUGCAUCUGUUCCAGCUAAGCAACUGUUUAAAAGUCUUGUUGUCAAAUUAUUGAUUCCACUAGUCUUGGGAAAGGUUUUACGAGAAACCUUCAAAGGUCUUACAGACUUUGUCGAUCAAAACCGUAAGCUUUUUUCUAAGCUUAGUGCAGUCUUCCUUAGUUUAGUUCCUUGGAUACAAGUUAGCAGGUCAAGGUCACUACUGUUGAUGGUUAACCCUACAAAUUUUCUCGUAGCUGUUGGAAUGGCAGUGCUUUUACAUAUAAUCUUAGUGGCCUUUAAUGCUUUAGCAAUGAAAGGCCUCUCAUUUCUCUCUGGUGGUGACCAAUCAGUUUUUGGCAAGAAAGAAAAUUCUAGUGCUCUUGUACUCGUUGCAAGUCAGAAAACUCUGCCUGUAAUGGUGGCGGUUGUUGAGCAGCUUGGCGGUGCACUUGGUGAAUCCGGUUUGCUGGUUCUGCCUUGUGUUGCAGCUCAUUUAAACCAGAUUAUAUUGGACUCAAUUCUCGUUAACUUUUGGUUCCGGAACAAUGCCUCCUCUAACAAUGCCAAGGUCGCCUGAUGACAAUGUAGUUUAUUAUCAAAAGCAGCUAGGUGAUAUUCUUUGCAAUAUUGGAGUUGCUUGCACUUUUUUAUGGUUGCAAGCUGAUUAUCAGUUUACAUUCUCAAAGGAAUCUAGAUACAUAUCUGCUAUACGAAGUGAAUCUUAUUGUAAACAUAAUGCUGCAUAUUUUGUAAUUGAAAAAUCUUAUUAUUUUAGAUCUCAUUCUAGAUCGGUCGAUCUUCUCUCU